CCGCCGUUAGGCCUUUGCAGUAGGGAGUUGUUUGGUGGACCCCGCAAGUUUUUCUUUACUUUACAUGUUAUUUUUGUUUCUCUAAGGAAGGCCAAAUUCUUCAUUUCUAUCAUCACUUGCUUCGUUGUUGACUCGGUGUGUCGACGGACUUUAUAAACAAAGGUUUCGGGGCGUGAUACACAACUAGAGACACCAAAGAAGGAAGGAAGGCAUCGGUGACUCGGACCGACCGCGGCUGAGCUUAUGAUGCCGACGUUGCGGGACAGCACCAUGUCCCACCCCGGCGAGAAUUCCCACCAAGUCCGGGUGAAAGCGUACUAUAAAGGGGACAUCAUGAUCACUCAUUUUGAGCCGUCCAUCUCAUACGAGGGUCUGUACGGGGAGGUGAAGGACAUGUGCUCCAUGGACAACGACCAGCUUUUCACCAUGAAGUGGAUUGACGAGGAAGGUGACCCCUGCACCGUGUCGUCUCAGCUGGAGCUGGAAGAAGCUCUGCGUCUCUACGAAGUCAACAAAGACUCGGAGCUCAUUAUCCACGUGUUCCCGUGUGUACCAGAGAAACCUGGCAUGCCUUGUCCGGGAGAAGACAAGUCUAUAUAUCGACGUGGAGCUCGCCGCUGGAGGAAGCUUUACUACGCCAGUGGUCACGCCUUUCAGGCCAAACGCUUUAACAGGCGAGCCCACUGUGCCAUCUGUACAGACCGGAUCUGGGGUCUGGGGAGACAAGGCUACAAAUGCAUCAACUGCAAACUGCUGGUGCACAAGAAAUGCCAUAAACUGGUCACAGUGGAGUGUGGCCGAGCGAUGAUCCAGGAACCAAUCAUGCCCGGCCCACCAUCGAGUCAAUUAGACCAAACUGAACAGCCAGGCGCUCCAAAAAACUCCACUGAAAGCUUGACUUACGAAUUACGCGAGAAAGAGGCGGUGAGCAGUGAGGACCCGGUGAAAUCGCCUUCCAGCCUCGGCCUGGCAGACUUCGAUCUGCUCAGGGUGAUCGGCCGAGGCAGCUACGCCAAGGUGCUGCUGGUGCAGCUAAAGAAGACGGAGCGCAUCUACGCCAUGAAGGUGGUGAAAAAAGAGCUGGUCAAUGACGACGAGGACAUCGACUGGGUCCAAACAGAAAAGCACGUUUUCGAGCAGGCGUCUAAUCAUCCUUUCCUGGUCGGCCUCCACUCGUGUUUUCAGACAGAAAGCAGACUGUUCUUUGUUAUUGAAUAUGUGAACGGUGGAGAUCUCAUGUUCCACAUGCAAAGACAAAGGAAACUCCCAGAAGAACACGCCAGAUUCUACUCAGCAGAGAUCAGUCUGGCACUUAACUACCUCCACGAGCGGGGAAUCAUCUACAGAGAUCUGAAGCUGGACAAUGUGCUGCUGGACUCUGAGGGACACAUCAAACUUACAGACUACGGCAUGUGCAAGGAGGGCUUGAGACCAGGUGAUACGACAAGCACUUUCUGUGGUACCCCUAAUUACAUCGCUCCUGAAAUACUCAGAGGAGAGGAUUACGGGUUCAGUGUCGACUGGUGGGCGCUGGGCGUGCUGAUGUUUGAGAUGAUGGCGGGCCGGUCGCCCUUCGACAUCGUCGGGAGCUCUGACAACCCAGACCAGAACACAGAAGACUACCUCUUCCAAGUAAUAUUGGAAAAACAGAUCAGAAUCCCCCGCUCGUUGUCAGUCAAAGCCGCCAGCGUCCUCAAGGGAUUCCUCAACAAGGAUCCCAAGGAGCGUCUAGGCUGCCACCCUCAGACAGGCUUUGCCGACAUCAUGGGCCAUCCAUUCUUCCGAAACGUCGACUGGGACCUUCUGGAGCAUAAGCAGGUGGUGCCUCCUUUCAAGCCCAACAUCUCAGGGGAAUUUGGACUGGACAACUUCGACGCCCAGUUCACCAACGAGCCCAUCCAGCUCACGCCUGAUGACGACGAUGUGGUCAAGAAGAUCGACCAGUCUGAGUUUGAAGGAUUCGAGUACAUCAACCCACUCCUGAUGUCAGCGGAGGAGUGUGUGUGAGGGGACACGGCAUCUGUGCCCACACACACACCAACCACUCACACACACACUCUCAUGCACGUGUUACGUGGCGUCUCAGUGUCUUCAAGCUGCAUGGUUACGAGACAACCCGGGCGACAUCAACCUUCUGUUCGAGGGCCGCACAUGCACCGUAGAACGCUUAUUUGCCAAAACCAGUCUCACACUCUGCCAUUUAUAACCACUUGCCCUUAAGCCUACCUUCUUUCUUAAUUAUUUUUAUAUCAUGUAAAUCUGCACUGAUAUCGAUUUUUCUCAUCGGGGCCUCUUUAUCGGUAGCCGACGAGGCUACAAAGUUCUUCCAAGGUUGCUGUACAUCGGGGGCGGCGGGUGAGGCUCGGCCCCCGACAGAUGAACUGAACAUCCUCUCCUUCCAGCUGGUGGAGCGUUUUCAAUGCAUAUUUUAUUUGUAUAUAUAUGAUUCUACUAUAAAUGUUAGACAAGGCCUUUUUAGCUUCAAGCCACAGACGGACAAAACUGACAACUCAAAUCAUCGGAAAGUCAUUUUGGAUUUGUCGCCCCUUCUGUAGAGAAAAGCAUAACACUAACAAAAGGUUAAAAAAUCUAUAUAUUUUUCUCAUGUUUUAUUUAACAACAUCAUUAUAUAUGUUGUUCUAAUGUCUUCUAAAUGUCCAGCCUGAUAAAAAAAAAGGUUCAGGCGUCGUUGUUUAGACGAAUACGCAACAUCUGGACGGUGUCUGCUUCAAGUCCCUUCGCCGCAGAAUGAGGAAUACAGCAGAAACCACCCGACACUAACAAAGAGUUAAUACUCAAACUGUGAAAACAAUAAAGAGCUCGCUAUGCAGGGAUUGAGCUGGAAGAGAAGCACAUCUAAAAACGCUAGAGCACAGCUUAGAUUUUACUGUGCAGACCAUCCAUGAAACAAACAGGACCAAAAAACAUUUUUCUGAAAAAUGUCUGGCUGGUACGAAAUCGAAGGUACAGUGAACAUAAAGAUGUGCUGUCCCGAGUCAUAGAAUUUAUAUAUUCAGAUUUCUUUUGCUCAUUUUUUUUAAUACUAUGCCUUUCUGAAACAUCGUCUGUCAUCUUUUUUUUUGUACUUUCUCCAUUCCACGUCUUUCAUCGUAAAUCAAAAGUGAUUGUUGAAACGAGAGUUCGGUCAGAAGUUCAAAGCCACGACGCAGACUGCAGACUGUGCGCUCCGUUUUUUCCACAUCGACCAUAACCUGAAUGAGAUAUUUUGUAAAACCGAAGCAUAUCGAGGCUCUGAAGAGCCGCUCUCUCCCCUGACUGUAACGACACUAAGCGAUGGCGCAUGAACCUCCAGACUCUCGUCCACUCGAAGCUUCUCUCUACUCUGAAAACGUUAACGGGCUCACGUGGUGACCGGAGGAACUUGUUCAUCUGUUGCACGUUACUUUAGCUUUUUUUUGUUACUUUUUUUGUCAAUCAGAUUAAAUUUUGAUUUUUUUUUUUUAUCACUACAUUGAUUCCAAAAUGUUACUGGGUGAACCUGAUGGAAACACUAUUUGUUGUAUUUGUUGUGUUUUGGGGAUGUUUACCACCCAGAGGACUCUGCUGACGUUUAUUAUUAUUAGUGUGCAAAGAAAAAAACACAGACGGUAAAAUAAACAUUUUAUUUCUCUC